AUGAGCGUUGAUAUCGAUCUGAUGUUGAGAUAUAGUACAUUAUUUUUGGUAGAAAUUGGAUACCGGCCCGCGUUCAGUCGGAUUUUGCACCCAAGCCGAAGGCCGUCGGGCACCGCUGGUCGUGGCUCAAAAUCUAGGAAAACACAAGGAUUGAAAUACCGCAGAGGGAAAGAUGGCACCACCCAAACCCCUCGUCCUGCUGGCAAACUUAUCGGGCCCAAUCCAUUCAAAGUAGCCCUGAUCCUCGGCGAGCUAAACCUCCCCUACACCAUCGACCCCAUCGAAUUAGCCGACGUGAAAACCCCCGCCGUCAUCUCCCUUAACCCCAACGGCCGCCUCCCAGCCCUCACCGACCCAAUCACAGGCCUCACGAUCUGGGAAUCCGGCGCAAUCAUCGAAUACCUAGUAGCCACGUACGAUAACGGACCAAAGCGCAAGCUGAGCUUCGAGCCCGGCAGUGUAGACCACUGGCAUGCCAUCCAGUGGCUGCACUUCCAAAUGUCCGGUCAGGGUCCGUAUUUCGGACAGUCGUUCUGGUUUCAGAACCACCAUCCGGAGAUUUUGCCCAGCGCGAUCACGCGGUAUGAGAAUGAGGCGAGACGGGUUUGCAGUGUGUUGGAUGGGUGGUUGGGGGGUAGGCUGGGGGUUAGUGGUGGCGGGAUUGGGAAGGAAAGGAAGUAUCUCGUUGCAGAGAAGUGUUCGUUUGCGGACUUGGCGUUUAUCCCGUGGCAAGAGAAUGUACAGAAGUGUAUUCGUUAUGGCGCGGAUGGGGGUGCGUUUGAUCAGGAGAAGGAGUUCCCCCAUAUGCAUGCUUGGCUCGAGCGGAUAAAGGGCCGCGAGGCUGUGAAGAAGGCCUUCGUGGCGCGUGCGGAGGCUAAAAAGGGCCAGACGGAACGGGAGGUGAAGAAGUAG